GUGAAGUUGGACAUAAUUUUCCUGCUAAUUAAUCUAAUAUUUUACAUAGUUCUCUGAUCACAGGAAUUGCUCUAUUUUGCCACAUAGUUGUCUUUUCAGCUGCGUCUUCCAAAAACAACCACAGUGUAUUUGUCUUGGAAAUGUAAAAUCGUUUUAGCGAGUUGAAUGUUGAUUGUAUUUCGAAAACUCCUAACGUUACGUUGGCGAUCUAGCUACCGUAUGUAGCCUAUAAUUUCCUUAACGUUUCGGUGAUUUUAAUCGUUCUAAAUGGUGCCAUAACUCCAUCAUUUAAGUAAUGUUUUUCAAAUUAAACCGUAGGGCCUGCCUCAGUUGCGAUUAUGUUCCACCUGUACCCUUCCUGAAUCGAGUUUAAGAUGUGGUACCCAGUUCAGUUACCUCGCAGGUAAUAAUUAGUGCAAUCUACCACUAAAUUGUCAGCUUUUCGGUUGUGUGCAGUUGUACACUUACAACGUUGAAAGGGGUGAUUUCGUUUCGCGAGCCAGGAUGUCUGAGGCGAUAUUGACCUUUCAGUCUCAGUUAUCUGGCGUAAUGGAGACUGUUUUUAAAGCAGCGAUGUUUGAGAUAACAAGGCUUGUAGAGGACAGUUUUUUAGAAGAAGUGUCCCGAAGCAGAGAACAGGUGGAGUCCCUUAAGAAGCGUCUACAAUUGUCUGAGAGUAGACGUAAAGAACGCGAGAACGUACGCCGGAUGAGGUGUGUAAACUGCGGGAAGACUGGAUCUACCGAGAACCCUGUAGAAAGGAACUUGGAAACACAGACUAAUAGAGGUGGUGGGCUGAAGCAAGAGGAGGUCCAAGAAGAUGAGUGGAACAGUUGUGGUGGCAGCACAAGAGAUGGUUCUACCGAUGCAGGGCAAGAACCAACAUCAGAGUCCAGUCGUUUGACUGUGGAUAAUGCUACAAGCAGGGUUAAGGGAUAUUCACAACCUAAAGAGGAGAGUCUACGCAAUUUGCAGGAGCAUACUGAAAAGUGGAGUUUGUGCAUGGAAGAAGAAGAGAUUUUGCAUUCAUCCGACAGUAAAUGUGGCCGCGAAGAGCAUCUCCAACAGUGCCAGGAGGAAUGGGACACUGAACUAGAGAUCCAGUCCCAAGACCCUGGCCCAGAUCGGGAAGCAGAGGACCUGCAAGGGUUGCCAUACAGAUCCCGAUACAGUAUGGAUGAGCUUGGCAGCUUUGACACAUCUUAUAGCAGCCAGGUCCUGGACAUGGGUGACCUUGAUGGAUUGGCGAAUUCUCCCACGAGAGAGGAUGGUGCUCUUAGCUACAGCACAGCUCAGGCCCAUCUCCCUGCUGACUUGGGUGUAAUGGAAGAGGGUACUCGGCGCACACAUGCAUCUGGCACACUUAGGGGGAGGAGAGGCACUGUCAGGGGGACUCACAGACAACCCCCUGCCAAUCCUUCAUGUGGAAACACUGGCUCAGCUGACCUCAACUGUUUCCUGAUCAAUGAGGAUGGGUACCUGGAGGACCCCAGUGCUAUAUACCAAAACAAUGGGGAAGCAGAACAGCGGGAGCAUGGAGUACUCCCCAGUGGUUCAUCACUGGACAAUCCUGAACAAAUGUACGCAGGAGACCCCUUCAGUCACACACCCCUGACAUCAACCCAUGGCCUGGUUCAACGCAGUGGUAGGGAAGAGCGACUACACACUUGCAGUCAGUGUCUGAUUAAUUUUCCUGAUGCCAGGUCCCUCAAGGCACACAUGCAGUCCCACCGUACUGGGUCUUCUGGUCGUUACUCCUGUAAUCAGUGUGGGAAGUCCUUCACACAAGCUUGCAACCUUAAAGUCCAUCAGCGUAUCCAUCAGGGAGAAGGCCUUCAUCUGUGUAGCCACUGUGGCAAAGGCUUCUCCUCCUUCAGCGACCUCCAGAAACACCACUGCAGCCAUGCAGUUGACAAGCCAUAUUGUUGCUCGCUCUGCGGCAACAAGUUCAGCCGUCUGUGGAACCUGAAGCUGCACCGGCGUAUCCACACCCAGGAGAAGCCACACUGCUGCACACUGUGUGACAAAAGUUUCACCCGAGCAGACAUAUUAAAGGUCCAUUACCGGACGCACACAGGAGAGAGGCCGUAUUGUUGCACAGUGUGCGGCCUCAGCUUCAAACGCUUGGACCAUCUAAAGUCACAUCAGCGCAAACACAGACCUGACCUCAGGAACUAAGAUUUAAAACAAGAACUGGUGUUUGGAAUAAGUAAGUAGAGCGUAUAUAUGAUGGGACCAGAU